AUGUCCUCUGCCGUUCCUAAGAAGUUUUCUGGUUUUGCUCCAGAAUCCCAAGAAACUUGGGAGCAUCCAAAGCUUGUACAAUAUGAUCCUAAACCAUUGUUAGCUAAUGAUAUCACUAUUAAAGUCAAGGCUUGUGGUGUCUGUGGUAGUGAUUGUCAUACUCUUAGUGGUAAUUGGGGCCCUUAUAGAAGACCUGAUUUAGUUGUUGGACAUGAAAUUGUUGGAGAAGUUAUUGAAGUUGGUCCUGAUGUUACAGAACAUAAAUUAGGUGAUAUUGUUGCUAUUGGUGCUCAAUCCGAAAGUUGUUUAGACUGUAAUCGUUGUAAGAGUAAUAAUGAACAAUAUUGUCAUAAGUUUAUUACCGGAACUUAUAAUGCUCCAUCUCCAAGACAUGACAAUUAUAUUACUCAAGGUGGUUAUGCUUCUCACUUUCGUGUCCAUCAACAUUUUGCUGUUCCUGUUCCUAAAAAUUUGGAUUAUGAAGCUGCUGCUCCUUUACUUUGUGGUGGUUUAACGGUUUACUCUCCAAUUGUUCGUAAUUUAAAUUAUGACUUGUCUGAUAAAGUCGUCGGUAUCAUUGGUAUUGGGGGUUUAGGUGCAAUGGCUCUUCAAAUUUCUCAUGCUUUAGGUGCUAAAAAGGUUUAUGCCUUUUCACGUAGUGAUAAAAAGAAGGACGAUGCCUUGAAAUUAGGUGCCGAUGAAUUAAUUGCUACUUCUAAAAAAGGUUGGAGUGAAGAACAUUUAGAUGAAUUUGAUUUGAUUUUGAAUUGUGCCUCUAGUGGAAAAGAUGCUAAUUUUAAUCCUUUCUUGAGAGUAUUAAAAUUAGAAGGUAAAUUUGUUACUGUUUCAGCUCCACCUUUAUCUGAAUCAUUGUCUCUUUUCCCAUUCUCUUUAUUAGGUAAUCAAGCUACUGUUAGAGGUUCAGCAAUUGGAUCUAUCAAAGAAGCCAAGGAACUUUUGAAGUUGUAUGCUGAUAAGGGUUUGAAACCAUGGAUUGAAAGAGUUCCAAUCAGUGAAGAAGGUGUUCAUGAAGUUGUUACUCGUUGUUACAAGAGUGAUGUAAGAUACAGGUUCGUUUUAACUGAUUUUGAUAAACUUUUCGGUUAA